CAUUCUCACAGUAAACUGCAUUAAUUUAAGCAGUGUUUGUCACCAAAUAAUAAAAAAGAUAACUUCUGAUAACAGUAUCAAUAAAAUCGCGCCCAAAUUGUUACAAGUGUUAGUAUCAUCUCAAAAAAUGAACUGUGCGAAUCAAAACGGAGAAGUCAGCGAAACCAGAAAUCCGGACGGAACUCUGCGUUUACGAAACCCUAAUAUCGAAAAUCUGAAAGAGGAUAUUUUGUACCACCUAGCACUAAGUACAGUGUCUCACGAUUUGGUCAAAAUGUUUGGUGAUGUGAAAUUUGUUUGUAUGGGAGGCACAGCGAAACGGAUGGAGCACCUCGCGCAAUAUUUACAAUCCGAGAUUAAUUACGAACUGCCAAUUGGGACGUCCCUGUGCGAUUUAACCGAAAAAUCGCACCGAUUUGCAAUGUACAAAGUUGGACCGAUUCUAUGUGUCAAUCACGGAAUGGGGGUCCCUUCAAUCGGAAUUUUACUCCACGAAAUUACCAAACUCAUGUACCAUGCUAAAGUAAAAAAUCCGAUUUUUUUCCGGAUUGGGACGUGUGGCGGCAUUGGGCUUAAAGAAGGCACCGUUAUCGUGGCCAAAAGUGUUGUUGAUGAAAUGGGCAACACGUUUCACACUCAAAAAAUUUGUGGGAAGGUGGUCCAAAGACCGGCAAAAUUGGACCAACAGUUGGUCAAAGAAUUGACCAGUUUGAGAAAAUCCGACGAUACAUUUAACGUUGUCGAAGGUGUGACAAUGUGUGCCGAUGAUUUCUACGAAGGUCAAGGGCGAACUGAUGGGGCCUUUUGUGACCACACCGAAGAGGACAAAGUUAAUUAUUUGAAUGAGCUGGUGAAGCGAGGAGUCACAAACAUUGAAAUGGAAGCCACGGCUUUCGCCGCUUUGACUCACUAUGCCGGCAUUAAAGCAGCUUUGAUAAAUGUGGCCUUAGUUAAUCGUUUAAAUGGGGAUCAGGUCACAACUCCGAAAGAAACAUUGUUAGAGUGGCAAAACCAUCCACAAAUUCUCGUCGGACGGUACAUCAAAAAAGUCUUACGAUCAGAGACACUUGUCUAAUAAAGAUAAAACAAUAA